AUCUGUCAGAAAAUAUUUGCUAACGAUUGUUGUGUGUUGUGAUUUUCGAUUUCUUUAACAUCUUCGCUGCUUUUCAAUCAUUCAGUCAAACGUUUAAAGGAAUACACGAUGAGAUCCUCAAGUUCAUCACGGUCUCGAUCACGGUCAAGAUCACGUUCAGCGUCUCGCGAUAGACAGAAACGCUCACGAUACGACAACGAUCGGAACAGAAGAAAUGAUCGGAAUCGGGACACAGAAUCGCACAGAAAAAGUAGUGACAGAGACUCCCGAAUAAAAAGCGACAGAAAUGAUGUUGAACGGUGGCCAAAUGACAAAUACUUUGAAAUGGGUCGAGAUGGUGGAAGUAGUCGCGACGUCAGCAGUAACAGAGAUCGAAAAGGCUUCGGAUAUCACAAGAAUAAUAUUAGAAAGGAUAAGAAUGACGAUUUUAUGGAUGCAAGGCGACUACAACGGGAAGCAAUCGGUGAAGAAGGUUCAAUGGCAUGGGCUAAAUCUCCAGCACGUCCAGAAGAGUCUUCCGACGAUGCAAGCACAAGUGUUCUUACUGACCGAAAAGCUAAAAAGAAGCAUAAGAAAGAGAAGAAGCAGGCGAAAGCAAAGAAAUCGAAAAAGUCUAAAAAGAAGAAGAAGAAAGCGAAGCGCAGCAGUUCGUCUAGUGAUGACAGUGACUCCGGAGGCGAUGAAGAAGUUUGGCUAGAAAAAACGGCUGUUAAAAAUUCCAGCAAAUCGAGCAGUUCAAAAUCAAAAGACGGCGAAGAUGGUCAAAUCGGGCCAGCUGUUCGCCAAACAUCCAGUCUUACGCACAAAGAUUUCGGACAUGCACUGUUACCAGGUGAAGGUGCAGCAAUGGCUGCAUAUAUUGCUGAAGGAAAGCGUAUUCCACGGAGAGGUGAAAUUGGAUUGACUUCCGACGAAAUUGCAACAUUCGAGGACGUUGGCUAUGUGAUGAGUGGAAGCAGACAUCGUCGCAUGGAAGCCGUACGUAUUCGUAAAGAGAAUCAAAUCUAUUCGGCUGACGAGAAGCGUGCUCUGGCUAUGUUCAGUAAAGAGGAACGACAGAAACGAGAAAAUAAGAUUUUAUCACAGUUCAAAGAAAUGAUUCACUCGAAGUUACACCAAGACAAAUAAAUUGGCAAAUUUGCUCAAUGAAUUC